AUCAGACGGUCCACGAAGAAAGUCGCCAUUGCUCUCACCCCCAGACGAUCCGAGUUCCCUCGUUCUGUUAAAGGAUCAACGCGCUCUAACCGACGGGGGCGAACCAAGCUUGACGACGUGCCGCCAACUCCUCGACUGCGACCUGAAGAUGUGGAGAAGGGUCUGGCUCGAAGCGAGAGCAAACCAGCCGAGCGCAAGUCUGACGACAAAUGA